CUGAAGAAAAUAGUAUGGUCUCAAAACGAAACGGACAAACUAUAGUAUCGUCACUAGACUACCAGCCAAAAGACAAAAAUCGUAAACAUGUCUUUCGUCCCAGUACUUUGGAACCGCAACAGUCAAAGACAGAAUGAUUCAGAUGACAUGUUCAGCUUCUUGGAUGACUGGAGCCCCCUUAGUUGGGGGUAUGGUCGCCCCAUGAUGGCUAUGCAGAGAAGACGCAGACCUGAAAAUUCACUUGCGGAUAGAAAAUGGACAUACAGCGUGAAGAUUGGAGACUUCAAUGCAGAACAUGUCAAAGUGAAAGUAGACGACGGUAAAGUAAUAAUUCAUGCUAAGUACACAGAUGGUAAUGAUGAAUGGGGAGAUACCGUCGAGCGCACAAGGACAGUCCAGAUUCCAGAGAAUGUCGAUGCUGAAAAAAUUCACAGCUUCAUGAAAUCUGAUGGAACUAUGAUGUUAGAAGCGCCGUACCGUCUGUCAGAGGAGAAGCAACUCCAAGUUGUCCCACAAGAAGGUCGGGCCUUGGUGUCCAGUGACAGCCACAACAAUUUGAUGACAUUCAGUGUCGACAACUAUCGACCAGAGGAGGUAAAAGUUACAUGCAAAGAUGGUAUGUUGACAGCCCAAGGAGAAAGACAGAGGUCUGAGGAUGGUCAUGAAAUUCGUGAGUCGUUCUUUCGUCAGAUGACAGUUCCCCGGUCUGUGGAUGGGAAGAACAUCCAAUGUUUUAGAGAUGAUAAAGGCAAUCUUACUAUCCGUGCACCAAUGGCUGAAGAUGUUGAAAUGGAACAAGCCAAAAAGUAGAUACAGGAUGACUUUUUAGUUAUAUUUUCAAUUUGUCAUAUAUUGCUGACUAUAGACAUUUGACCAUAUGUUUUUUACUUUAUCAUUUGAUUUGUGUUCAUUGUUAUUGUUUUUGAAUUAUGUUUGGAUGAUUGUGUUAUUUUUUUAGUGAACUAAUGAUUAAAUGAUGCAUACUUUCAGUUCUACAAAAAAGGAAAAUAACACUUAAGAUUUUUUUGGUAACUAGAAACAAGAUUUUGACAAAGCUUGUUUAACAAUCAUGUGUAUUCUGUAAAUGCACAAUUAUUUCAGUAUUUGUAGUGGAACAAUCAUUGAAUUUUUGUAAUUGAACAAUCAUUGAAUAUGGCAUAAUUUUAGUUCAAUUUAAAAAAGAGAACAUACAUGUUACUUUAUUUACUUUGUUGUUGUCAGAGAUAGACAUUAAAUAUCAUUUAUACAA